AUGUCUAAAAAAAUGAGACUUAAUCAAAUCUCUAGUCUUACUGGAGACUAACUUAAUCAUCUACUCUCUUCUCCUUCUGAAGAAUAACCUAGAAAAAGUUUGAAAAAAGUCACAUUCGAUGGUUAUACUCUUUAUCUUUAAUUUAGAGCAUUUGACUGUCCAAUUUAGGUCUAAUCAACUCUACAAUAACAUCUUUUCAAAAGAUCUAAUUCAGUCAAUACAUAACCAUGA